AGACUAACUGGUCAUCAUUUGGAGGCUGACAUCGUGAAGACGUGAAGCUGGGAUGAAGACCUACUGGAUAAAUACUUGAUCUUCAAACAUGUCUGCGGGACAGGCCAUGACAAAGCUGUGGGAGCAGUGGAAGGGUAGAUAAAUGAAGUUUUCCCCCGUUCAUCUUCCCUAUGGCAAACCUGGAGGGUUUUUUUCACCGGAAGGUGGUGUAGCAGAGAAAACUCCCAUGAUUCCUCGCCAGCCUCAACAUCAUCUUCUCUCAUUGUAUUGAUUGAGAGCCCCCUGGUGGCAGAAUCUACAUUCUGUGCCUUUAACAAGUACACUUCAGUAAUGUUCAAUAUGAUCCCCAUAACAGUUUGUCCUACCAGCAGUACUGCCAGCAUAAAAGGACACCGUCCCUGAGAGCCAAGAGGUUUCACGCUUCAGCUGAGAAACUGCAGAAGUUUCCAGAAUCCAGUGUGCAUGAGAACAACAUGAGACCUCUUAAACGCUGGGGCGCACAUAGGUGGCUGUUUGUGCUGUGUGUGGUUUUAGGUUUCCUGUGUUUGGUGUUAGUCUAUCUUCCGCUGAUAGACACGGAAACAAGCAAACCUCUGGACUGGCAUGUCAACCCUGCUCAUAAAAAGCGGGUACAUGAGUACGUUCAAGGAGUUCUGGAGGGUCAGUGUCGUCCCGGCAGCACCAGGCAUGGCUUGUUAGCUCGUCUUCCUGCCACCAGCAGCGAGACACAGCCUUUCUUGUGGAAAGACGUGUUGCUUGACGACGACCUCUUUGUGUAUCCUCCGCCAUUUGGAUUUCAAGGAUUUCGUGGCAAAGUAGAGGACCUGCUAAAGCAGCUGCCAGACUCUGCCUCCGCAGUCCAGCCAGGAAACACAUCAAAUAAAUGUUGUCGCUGUGUGGUCAUGGGAAAUGGAGGCAUUCUCCGAGACCUGGCACUCGGCCCACUGAUCGACCGAUUUGACGUUAUUAUCAGGCUGAACAGUGGUCCUCUGGGAGAGUUCAGUGCUGACGUUGGAAAUCGAACCAGCGUCAGGAUGAGUUACCCGGAGGGCACGCCGCUCCAGUGGGUGGACGCAGACCCACACGCUCUGUUUGUAGCUGUGGUGUAUAAGGGAGUGGACAUCAGCUGGACCUCUGCAAUGAUCAACAAGCUGGCUGUGCCUCUGUGGGACUGGCUCUUUUUCUGGCAGAAGGUUCCAAGUCAGAUCCCUGUUGAGCCCCACAGGUUCAGACUUCUAAACCCUCAUGUCGUCAGAGAGACGGCGCUGCACCUUCUGAAAUACCCUGCGCCCAGACCACGCCUGUGGGGCAGCGACCAGAAUGUGCCCACCAUCGGUGUCUCUGCACUCACUCUAGCCAGUCUUCUGUGUGAUGAGGUCAGCCUGGCAGGCUUUGGCUACAAUCUGUCCCAGCAGGGGGCACCACUGCACUACUACGACCACCUGUCCAUGAGUGCCAUGCUGCAGCAGAAGAUGCACAAUGUGGGCAAGGAGACUGAAAUCCUACAAAGCCUUGUCAAAGAGGGAACCAUCACUGACCUGACCGGGGGGAUUCACUGCUCCUUCUGCCCCAGCUGAUCCCAAGCCUCUUUCCAAUAAAGCACUUUCCUCUCUUGCUUUAAGUGCUUCAAAGAACAAACAUCACACUCUUUGUGUUUACAGAGAAGUGGCAAUAUGAAAGAAAUUAGACUUUAGACUUUUUUGGACUUACAAACACUUGGCAUGAAAGAGGUGAUGGAAAAAAAACAGUUGAGAGUUAAACUUUGCAUGAAGGCCAAGAAAAUGGAGCGCAAUAAGUAAUAUUUGUCUCAAAUGACACAAAAACAUCAGGAGAGAACUUUAGGAAACGUGAAUUUCUCCUGGGAUUUUAGUGUCUUUCUGCAGCAGAUUCAUUCGUCAACAAUAGACUUUUAAACUAACCAGUGAAAUAUAGGUACACCCAUGGCAUCUACAAGUUCUCAUCCAUUGGUUUGUGCAAUACGGUUGUGAAGCUUAGAAUUAGGCUUGAUGACAGUCGCCUUCUUGUGAUUUGUAAGCCAGGAGUGACCAUAUUUGAAUAAGAGGUUGGAGCCUGGGAGGGUCGGUAUCACCUAACACCAGAUGGGGUGCUGAUUUCAAGUAAAACAAACAUUCAAGGGGUGUCUUUUGUACAGCUAAAUGGUUAGCUAUGUUUUUCCUGUUGCCAUGCUAAUGACUUGCCAAUCGCUUUAUGUUCUUAUUUGUUUGGGACCGUAUUUCACAAUUACCUCUGCAGUGUUUCCAUUCCGUUGGUUAAUUUCUUUUAGUUGUAUACAGUCGAGUUGACUGUAGUAAUACAUGUUUAACUUUCCUCCUGCUGUAGUUAGCACUGCGUCAAGUUCUACAGUACUUCCUCAUCGUUAUUAUGAUGGUAGUUCUUCAUGGUUCAAUGGUGAGUCAUAGUUAUCAUCAAAACGUGGUUAUAAAGACAUUCUGUCCACUUUCAGACUGAGCGUCGGAGCCUCUGAUCAGACGUUGGUAUUAAUGUUCACACUGGAAGAUCUAAAUCUACAUCUAAGGAAACGGUGAAACAGAACUGGUACUUUUGUGACAUAGAUCUGUAUUUAUAAGCACAUUUAUUAAUUUAUUGUAAAUCCGCUCAAUUAUUUUACAGCUAUUGUUUACUUUUUGGUCUGUGAUUUUUUUGGUUGAGUUAUACAUGAAGAUUUACAUUAAUUCAUAUUUUUUAUUUGUAUUUUGUCAAAUAAACUGCUCAAACUAAGUUUAUUUAUAGAAAAGAAAAGUUUUAAUUAAAUCAUAACAUUUUGUAUUUUUGUAAUGUCGUCAUUGAAAACUGUGUCAUGUCAGAUGUAACUUUUACAACGUCAUGCUUUUAAUCUGCUAUUUGAGUUCUUACAACAUGUUCUUCCUUCAUUUUGAGGGGUCGUGUUGUCAGUAGAAGUACUAAAUUGCGUACAUGGCUGAUAACAGGACAUGCUUAUUAUUAAAAAAGGUAGAUCUAUGGAAUAAAAAAACAGUGAAAUGCUCAAUUUAAUGUGAAUUUUACCUACGAGGUUUGUUUAAACUGGACUCUGGUCUUUCUGAGUUACUAAUAUGUACCACUCCCAUUAUUACUGUAAGACAUCACAUGAAAAUGUAAGUUUAUGAUGCUGCUCCCUUUGUUACGCUGAUUUUGUAUUUCACAAGUCGUAAUUUAUUGCUCUGUUUCCCCUAAUUAAAAUGUAAAUAAAUAAGAACAAGAAAACAUUA